AUGUGCGUACAAGCAGGCUGGACGAUAUUCUUCUUUGUCGAAAUUUUCGCGAACAACAGUAUCAUUGUGCAGAAAUGGUUGAAGUCCUAUUUAAAGGAUACCACCAACAAAGCAGAUGUUGCCCGAUAUGCAAGUAUUGCCAUGUGUGUUGAUGGUCUGAUCACCUUCAUCAUCAUGCUUCUCUGUGGAAUAGUAGUAAUUAGUAAACUAAUGGCUCACGACGAAGAAUCUGAAAUGUCUUCCCUACCAUCUCGGAGCGAAACUUUGGCUGUUAGACUCGAUAAUGAUCUCUUGAAGAUAGAUUCUGGAUUGCCACGUCUCCGUGCUACUCCUGAUGGUAACGUAUCCGGUAUUCCAACAACCGGAGGAGCACAUUCUGUGUGGUCUAGACCAUCGAUAUUCCAAUCAGAACGGCUAUAA